AUGGAGGAGGACUUAUUCCAGCUCAGGCAGCUGCCGGUGGUGAAAUUUCGUCGCACAGGUGAGAGUGCAAGGUCAGAGGACGACACGGCUUCAGGAGAACAUGAGGUCCAGAUUGAAGGGGUCCGUGCGGGCUUAGAGGCUGUUGAGCUGGACGAUGGGGCAGCUGUGCCCAAGGAGUUUGCCAAUCCCACUGAUGAUACUUUCAUGGUGGAAGAUGCGGUGGAAGCCAUCGGGUUUGGAAAAUUUCAGUGGAAGCUGUCUGUUCUCACCGGCUUGGCAUGGAUGGCCGAUGCCAUGGAGAUGAUGAUCCUGAGCAUCCUGGCACCACAGCUGCAUUGCGAGUGGCGGCUCCCCAGCUGGCAAGUUGCAUUACUGACCUCGGUGGUCUUUGUAGGCAUGAUGUCCAGCUCCACGCUCUGGGGAAAUAUCUCAGACCAGUACGGCAGGAAAACAGGGCUGAAGAUCAGCGUGCUCUGGACUCUGUACUACGGCAUCCUCAGUGCUUUUGCACCCGUGUAUAGCUGGAUCCUGGUGCUCCGGGGCCUGGUGGGCUUUGGGAUCGGAGGGGUCCCCCAGUCGGUGACGCUGUACGCUGAGUUCCUUCCCAUGAAAGCCAGAGCUAAGUGUAUUCUGCUGAUUGAGAUCUUCUGGGCCAUCGGCACAGUGUUCGAGGUCAUCCUGGCUGUGUUCGUGAUGCCCAGCCUGGGCUGGCGUUGGCUGCUCAUCCUCUCUGCUGUCCCGCUGCUCCUCUUUGCCGUUCUGUGUUUCUGGUUGCCAGAGAGUGCAAGGUACGAUGUGCUGUCGGGGAACCAGGAAAAGGCAAUUGCCACUUUAAAGAGGAUAGCAACAGAAAACGGAGCCCCCAUGCCGCUGGGGAAACUCAUUAUCUCCAGACAGGAAGACCGAGGCAAAAUGAGGGACCUUUUCACACCCCACUUCAGAUGGACAACUUUGUUGCUGUGGUUUAUAUGGUUUUCCAAUGCAUUUUCUUACUAUGGAUUAGUUCUGCUCACCACAGAGCUCUUCCAGGCAGGGGAUGUCUGCAGCAUCUCCAGCCGGAAAAAGGCAGUAGAGGCAAAAUGCAGCCUGGCCUGUGAGUACCUGAGCGAGGAGGAUUACAUGGACCUGCUGUGGACCACCCUCUCUGAGUUCCCAGGUGUCCUUGUGACACUGUGGAUUAUUGACCGCCUGGGUCGCAAGAAGACCAUGGCCCUGUGCUUCAUCAUCUUCUCCUUCUGCAGCCUUCUGCUGUUCAUCUGUGUUGGAAGAAAUGUUCUCACUCUGUUACUCUUCAUUGCAAGAGCGUUUAUUUCUGGAGGCUUCCAAGCAGCCUAUGUUUACACACCUGAGGUCUAUCCCACGGCAACGCGGGCUCUGGGCCUGGGUACCUGCAGUGGCAUGGCAAGAGUGGGUGCUCUCAUCACUCCGUUCAUUGCCCAGGUGAUGCUGGAAUCCUCUGUGUACCUGACCCUGGCAGUUUACAGUGGCUGCUGCCUCCUGGCUGCCGUGGCCUCCUACUUUUUGCCCAUUGAGACCAAAGGCCGAGGACUGCAGGAGUCCAGCCACCGGGAGUGGGGCCAAGAGAUGGUCGGCCGAGGGAUGCAUGGCCCAGGCGUCACCAGAUCGAACUCUGGCUCUCAAGAAUAG